AUGUUCAGAAAAAAGCCCAGGAGAGUUUUUCGACAGAGAAAAGAAGAGUCUAGUGAUGAGGAGGAAACAGUGGUGGACCGAUCGGACGAAGCCGGAUCAGAGAAAACAGCGAUUUUGGCCUGUAAACCGUCCAGAGUCGGUCACUCCCGUGGGAUAUCUUGCAGUUCGAAGCGGGAAGCGACUCCAUCAAAGGUGGAUGAUGCUGUCGGAGAGGACGUGGAGAUAUCCGAACGGACGAUAGACACCGACGAAAAUCUGAAAGACAAUUAUGACAAGACGAGAACGAGCACCGUCCUCAGUUUCUCUGACGACAAAGAAUCUCUGGAACCGGAGUUUAAACUAAGGAAGUCGGCUGAUAAAGCUGUGUUGUUCCAAAUAAGGAAAAAGGAAACUCUGCCUGUUAAAGACAACUACAACAAUGAACCAGAGCGUAUCCUCUCAUCUGGCUCUCCUAGGGAAGAUGAUGACAGCCAAGCAUCAUCACAUAGUUCUCACCAAAGUGAUUAUGAUGAGGUGGAGAAUGAUGAGGAUGAGGAUGAAGAUAAGGACGUUGCCAGUUCUUCUUCAUCUAGCUCAAAAUGCAGCUACUCUGCUGUUAAACCAGUUGUGAUCCCCAAUGCCAAGGCGAUUAAAGCAGCCAAGAUGCAGCGGUGCAACAUUCGAGCUCAGAAAGAGUUCAUCCCUCUAAACACAGGUGGCCGCACCUCAUCCGGUAGCACGCCGGAGCGCUACCACAAUGAGGAAAUGGAGGACGAUGAUGAUGAAGACAGAGUUGAGGGUGGUGAUGACGACGACGAGCCAGAUAAUCACGAGAAAAGAAUUGAGUUUGCCCCAGGAUUAAAAAGUGUGAAGGAGAGGAUCGUUGAGGAACUUGGAGGAACAAGUGUUGGCAGUCUGUCAGGGAGUGACGAAGAGGAGCAGGAGCUUUGGGAGGAGACACAAAUUGGGAAGGGAGUGAAGCGAUGCCUUGGAAGACUGAGCCCGUCUGGCAGUGAGUCAAGCAGCUACAGCAGCAGCAGCUUCCAGCACAAUGAACGUCAAAGACAAAAGAAAUCAACAGGGCUCAAGAUCCCAAAGACACUUCCCUCAGUCACCGUCUCAAUGGUUAAGAGGAGGAUUGCGUCAAAGCUUGACUCCCUGAAGGAAGUGCACAGUGUGCGGCGUGCUGAGCUAAGUCGGAUGGAGGGAGAUUCCGAGAGUGCUAAAACGUCUGUGGAGUCUCUGGAGGAAAGCUCCUCAGAGAAACAGCUGAAGUUUUACAGAGACAUGACCAUCUUUUCCCACAACUUGGUGGAGUGUCUGCGGGAGAAGAUUGUUGAAAUUAACUCACUGGAGCUGGAGCUCCACACGCUACUUUCUAGCCAGAUGGAGGCGCUGUGUGCCCAGAGACGACAAAAUAUGCAGGAGCAUGCCCAGCACCUGCAGCAGCUCAGCUCUGUAGACAACUCGAACAAUGGAGGUAAGACACAGAGUGUGGCAGCCACUGGGGAUAACACUGUGGAAGACUGCGAUAUACCAGAAGAUACACAGCCUUCUAGUGAGGAAGAAGAACUGAAAAAGGAAAUGGCUGCCAUCUUGCUGAAGUCCCAGAGGAUCUUUUCUGACGUUCACGACGACUUUUAUGAUGUCAAAAUGAUUUUGACCCGCUUUGAGGAAUGGAGAAGCUUCUAUUCGGACUCUUACCACAGUGCCUACAUCUCUCUUUGUCUGCCAAAGUUGCUUAACCCCAUCAUAAGGCAUCAACUGCUUGGAUGGAACCCUCUAAAGGAUACCAGCAUGGACUUUGAAAAACUCCCAUGGUUCACUGCAGUAGAGAGCUUCUGUCAUGGCCACAGUCAUGAGGAGUUACAUCACUUGGACAGAGAAAUGCUUUCUAAUGUCAUCGAAAGGACCGUCAUACCCAAGAUAACAGCCUUUGUGGAGCUGGUUUGGGACCCCAUGUCCCUCCAUCAGUCAGCCCGUCUAACUGGACUUUGUCAUCAGCUGAGGGAGGACUACUCAAUCUUUGAAGGAGAGCAGAGUAAGCCGGUCACGACACUCAUCAAGGCUGUGAUUGGCCGACUCAGGAGGUGUGUAGAUGAAGAUGUCUUCAUCCCGCUCUACCCCAAAAAACUCCUAGAGGACAGUUUGUCUCCUCAGAGUCGCUUUAGGAACCAACAGUUCUGGAUAGCCAUUAAGCUGUUAGGAAACAUGGGGAAAUGGGAUCCACUGCUGCCCGAUUCUGAACUGAAGGAGUUGAUAUUGGACAAACUGCUCUGCCGAUACCUGACGAUCACCCUUUCCAGCCAAAAGGAGUCAAAAAAUGACCUUCCUGCAUGCAAAAAAAUCGCCGAAAGCCUGCCAACCAGUUGGUUCAGAGGAGAGAAUGAAUGUUUGCCUCAGCUCCAGACCUUCAAAAACCACCUUGUUCAGAAAGCUCACAGCAUUUGUAAACAACAACCUCCAGACACAAGGCUUGCACUGAUUGAAGUGCUGAAAAUUCUGAGUAGAAUCCGAUGCCACGACUCCAUCAUGAGCAUAGCGGAAAAAUACCACUAUGAGGAUGUGAUCUACUCUCAUCAGCUGCUCAAUCAGGAGACACAAUGAAUAUCAGAUGUAGCAGGUUCUCACAGCCUGGAUUAUCUACAAAUGAAUUUGCUGACAUGAGAAACAAAAUUGGUAAAAAUUGAAAGCUUAUCACUGCCAAGACAAAGAGUCGGAAAUGUUCAAACAACUCAGUGAUCAUUUGAUUUUCAUAAGCAACUCACUUUCUUAUAUAAGAAAGGAGACUGUUUUAUAAAUAAAGAUUUGUAUUUAUUUUUUA